AUGAACGGAUUUAAUGUUCGCUCAGAAGCAGACGCAUUUAUCGAUCGUCACCGCUUUGACUUGCAGGAGCGUUCACGAUUGUUAAGAUGUGCAGACAAGGGUGACAGGACUUAUGAGUCGUCUUGUGUAGACGUCCCUAUGAAAGCUCUGUUUGCUGUAUUUGUGUCUGUUAUUGAAGUUUACAACAACAAUAUUUAUGAUUUGUUGCAAGACGUAUCGGAUCUCCCUGGAAGAAAUUUAACAACUCGAAUACUGCGUGAAGACUCUCGAAGAAAUGUGUAUGUUCAUGGAGGAGUAGAGGUAGAGGUUAAGUCAGCCGAAGAAGCUCUAGAUGUUUUUAGCACAGCUCAGAAACGCCGUCGGAUUGGACAGACGGCCCUUAACGUCGAAUCCAGUCGAAGUCAUUGUGUUUUCACCAUUCGGUUGGUUCGAACUGGUUAUGACGUGAAGUAUAAUGAGGCUGUUCAGGAUAAAGGGUCUAUCGUCAUCAGUCAGUUGUGCCUCGUUGACCUCGCUGGUUCAGAACGAAGUAGUCGUACUGGGACGCAAGGAGAUCGCUUGAAAGAAGCAUCUAAAAUUAACAAUUCCCUUAUGAAUCUUCGGAAAUGUAUCACAGCCUUACGUGAUAUGCAAACAAAUGGAGGUGAUGGACGUGUUGCAAUGCUUGUUUGCGUUCAUCAGGCACCAGAAGAGUAUGAAGAGACCAUGCAUGUGCUAAAGUUUGCUGAAACAAGCCAAGAGGUUACAACUUAUCGUACACAUGUCCAACCAAUUCCUUUCCGUACACCUUGUACACAGAGCCGGCCACGGAUGCGAAAUGGUUUUCGUAAUUCUGAUCACCGUUCAAGUACAACAGGAAGUUCUGUCGUAACUAUUGAUAUCGAUGAUGAAGCAACGCAAAUUUUCAAUGAAAUCGAACACUUGGAUGAUGAAAUCACCGCGUCUAUUGACAAAAUGACUAAAGACGUCAAUGGGUUGGAUUCAGAUCCCGAGAUAUCUGAUUAUAGUGACUCGGAACAAGAGAAUUGUGACCCGUCUACUUGUGAAAGUGAACAAGAUUCAGCACCUGAAUCAGAAAGAUUGCCAAGAUAUAUACGUGAAUUUUUGAAAGUGAUGGAUACAAGACCGUUACGAGCUUUAGUUAAGCGACGAUUAGAUCUUAAAAAGCGGGCAUGUGCUUCUACAGAAGCAUUACUUCUUCAACUGAAAUCUUACAUCCCUGAGUCUCCAUUGGUGAACGAGACACCUACUUAUGCAGAGGUUACUACCACUACAACUACUACACCGAACAAUCCCAAACCUGUCAAAAAUUUAGUUAGUACACUGUCAAAACAAUGGGAAUCCCGAUUAGCCCAACAGCAAGCUGAAGCUAGAUCAGCAGUGCGUCCUAACUUUAAAAGAAUUGAGGACCGAUACGGAGUAACUCCAUGUAAACCAGUUGAACGACGUGCUGCUCCUGCAUUCAACCCACGACAUCGUCGAUCUCGAUCAGUUGGUGCAGACAAUGGACGUUGGUUAGAACAUCAAGAAGUGAAUACUACUCCGUUAGGUACAGUGUUUACACCGAAUUUAAAACAUCGAAAAUCUGUAACUCGUGUUGAAUUGAAGGACACUCUGAAUGCGGAUAAUUAUCUUCUACAUCAUCAAGAGGCUGAUUCAGAUGGGAAUGUCGAAACUAAAUUAUUUAAGGGUGCUAUUAUUCCUACAGCUGGUGGUGGUUCAGCUGUUAUCUUUAAUGACGUCGAAGUUUUACGUCAAACUUCUCCUGUUCAUGAGAGGAAAAGUGAUCGGAUCAAUAGUCCUGAUGUUCACUUAAAACAACAGACCGAAACCAAACAAACUGGAGUCGUAACUCGUCAAUCAGGAACAAAACGACGUUAUUCUAAUUCACCACCACCAAAACGGCUUUCCAUGGAAUCGGUUUCAACACAAAGUUCAUGUAAUUCACAGAGUACAACAUCAUCUGCUUAUAGUGAGAUUAGUCCACCGGUGAAGAGAAUUCCAGAUGUUGUAUUGAAUGAUGAAACCAUUGAGGCGAGAUGUCGUAUAGGCAUUGACAGUAGAGGUGGAAUGGGUUAUCAACUAUCGCCUAGAGAAAAUCAUCAACAAAAGCGAUCCAAAAUAUAAAUUUAUGAGGGGAUGAAGAAGUGCAAAACAACAUCCACAACUAGACAACAACAUCGAUGUUCAUUGUAUAUUUACCAUUAACAAAUAAAAUGGUUGUUUUUUCUUGUAGAAGAAAUAACAUAAUAUUUUUUUGAAACAUUAUCCUUUUUUAAACAAAACACACAUUUUUUCUUACUUUUAUUCACUCUGUGUCAUCGUCGUGUUCAUUCUCGUCGCCUAAGCUUAUUUGUGUUUUUAAUAUUAUUACUAUAUUAUUAUUAUUAU